AACACUUCCCAAGUGGAACCCAAUGGGUCCAUUUUAGCAGUUCAGUGGUUCCGCUAUAUAUCUUUAAAAUUCUUUAAAUAAAAAUAUUUAACAAUUCAUGUACAUUACAUUGUUUAAGAACUUGCGCAGUGACAGGGGGCGUCGCCGUACAUCGAAAAAUCGGUUUUAUUUAUAAAUUUAAUAACAGUGUCGUAAAAGCGAAAAAUCAGUAAAUUUCGUCAUACCCAAAGAAACAACAAAUUCGCUUAAUACUGUGACAACCGCUGUCUGACGUAUAGGAGCUAGUGGAACGUAAAUAGCACACUGAACGCAUUUCGGGACGAAAAAACGUAAGCACCCAUAAAAACCGAGGAGCACGAAAAAUAACUAAUUUUUGUAUCAUAUACAAUUGAUAAGGAUUUAUAUAUCGAACUGACAAGUUUGAUGUUCAGUAAUUAAAAAUUUCCUGUGGACAGAAGACAACGUAAGACCCCACACCGCCAGAAAGCACGGAAGCCGCUUCAGAGGCUGACGCCAGUACGCCUGUCACUGAACCAGCGGAAGUUUCCAACCAAACCAAAAUGGCCGAAGCUGUCGUUGAUGAGCGUCCGCCGCUCACUACACGUUUCUAUUGCCAUAUGUGCAGCAUGGAAGUAAACAUUCCAAACACCGAUUUCACCUGCCCACACUGUUCUGGCGGAUUUGUUGAAGAGUUGCCAUCUGUACCGAGUACAACGAGCGCCAGCAGCAGUACUUCUAGUCUGGCUGAUGGCCCCAGCAAUGCUGGUAGCGAUGCACUUGGUCUAAAUCGUCUAGUUGAUUUGGAUGUCAUUCGGGGCGAAAUUGAAACACUGUUAAUGUCACGGAACGGACCUAUAGAAAUUGCCAUCGGCCCGGCGAAUAGGCGCAAUAGCAUGCUUUUGGGCGGCGGAGCUGGAGGCACAAAUGCAGGCAGCAACAGCAGUGGAAACGGGAGCUCUGGUGGUGGUCGCGUACACCCACCCAAUUUGGGAAGUUUGGAUACUGUUCUCCUUGAUUUUUUGCAAUCCCUUUCAGGGGGUGAUGACGGGUAUUUUGGCAAUGCUCCAAUGUUUUUCAUGGGCAAUCCCGGCGAUUAUGCGUGGGGUCGUGCAGUAAUUGUAACAAUAGUCAUACGAUGA